GCUGACUCAUCAGUAGAAAUUGGGAAGAGCUUCAGAAGAGAAGCCAAACAGACAAGCUGAUAACUCAAAGAAAUACUCUUUUGAGUUGGGGGUUCAGAGUGGAGCCAUCAUGAGCGAUGUUACCAUUGUGAAGGAAGGCUGGGUUCAGAAGAGGGGAGAAUAUAUAAAAAACUGGCGGCCAAGAUAUUUCCUGCUAAAGACAGAUGGCUCUUUCAUAGGCUAUAAGGAGAAGCCCCAGGAUGUGGAUCUGCCAUAUCCACUCAACAACUUUUCAGUGGCAAAAUGUCAGCUAAUGAAAACAGAGCGACCAAAGCCAAACACAUUCAUUAUCAGAUGUCUUCAGUGGACCACUGUCAUAGAGAGGACAUUCCACGUAGACACUCCGGAGGAACGGGAAGAAUGGACAGAAGCAAUCCAGGCUGUAGCAGACAGACUUCAGAGGCAAGAAGAGGAGAGGAUGAACUGUAGUCCAACUUCACAGAUAGACAAUAUAGGAGAAGAAGAGAUGGAUGCUUCAACAACCCAUCAUAAAAGAAAGACAAUGAAUGAUUUUGACUAUUUAAAACUGCUGGGCAAAGGCACGUUUGGCAAAGUUAUCCUGGUCCGAGAAAAGGCUAGUGGGAAAUACUAUGCUAUGAAGAUUUUGAAAAAAGAAGUCAUUAUUGCAAAGGAUGAAGUGGCUCAUACACUUACAGAGAGCAGAGUACUGAAAAACACCAGACACCCAUUUUUAACAUCCUUGAAAUAUUCCUUCCAGACAAAGGAUCGUUUGUGUUUUGUGAUGGAGUAUGUUAAUGGAGGAGAGCUGUUUUUCCAUUUGUCGAGAGAGCGGGUGUUCUCAGAGGACCGCACACGCUUCUAUGGUGCAGAAAUUGUCUCUGCCCUGGACUAUCUGCAUUCUGGGAAGAUUGUGUACCGUGAUCUCAAGUUAGAAAAUCUAAUGUUGGAUAAAGAUGGACACAUAAAAAUUACAGAUUUUGGACUUUGCAAAGAAGGAAUCACAGACGCAGCAACUAUGAAAACAUUCUGUGGUACUCCAGAAUACCUGGCACCCGAGGUGUUGGAAGAUAAUGACUACGGUCGUGCAGUGGACUGGUGGGGAUUAGGAGUUGUCAUGUAUGAAAUGAUGUGUGGAAGAUUACCGUUCUACAACCAAGAUCAUGAGAAACUGUUUGAACUGAUACUAAUGGAGGACAUAAAAUUUCCUCGAACUCUGUCUGCAGAUGCAAAAUCAUUACUAUCAGGCCUACUGAUAAAGGAUCCAAAUAAGCGACUUGGUGGAGGCCCAGAUGAUGCAAAAGAAAUCAUGCGCCAUAGUUUCUUUGCUGGAGUAAAUUGGCAAGAUGUAUAUGAUAAAAAGCUUGUACCUCCUUUUAAACCUCAAGUGACAUCCGAGACAGACACCAGGUAUUUUGAUGAAGAAUUUACAGCUCAGACUAUUACAAUAACGCCGCCUGAAAAAUAUGACGAGGACGGUAUGGACUGCAUGGACAAUGAGAGGCGGCCGCAUUUCCCCCAGUUUUCCUACUCUGCAAGUGGACGAGAAUAACUUUUUUGUUCUGCUGCUUCACUGUCAUCUUAGGUUUAUCACUGAAAAUGAUUCCUGAACAUCACCACCAGUACUAGAUGCUAUUUAAGAUAGCAGGGGCACUUUCAGAGACUAUUCCAAAUUGAACAAGUUUCUUUCCCAAACCUACCUAAAAUCCAUUUUGGUUUUGCAUGAAAUAUGAGAUUUUCUCUACUACGCUCUCCUGCUGUUGCUGCUGCCCACAGUCUCAGUAUAAUAGCAACGUCAAGAAGUUACUAACAGUUUCUUUGGAGGUAGAUGACUCGACUUCAGCGUUGCACACUUUGUGCACAAGCAGUCAUCUAUUUUUCCUCACAGUGGAGGCUAAACAAAAAAACGAGUUGGUCCAGCUUAUCUCCUUCCAGAAGAUGAAUCAAAAUUGUAAUUAGUCUAAAAAGACCAGUCUAUAACAUUUUCUUGCAUCUGUUUGUGCUGGUUAGAACAAGGAAACAUAGGGGUGGUGAUGUACAUAUGCAAGGUUUCUGUUAGGCAUAUCAUUACUUGAAGCAGGUCUCUGUCAUUAACAUCUGGCUGGAAUUUGUUUGGGAAACGUUUGAGAGAAGGACUUAAACUGUUGAUAUAUAUAAAUAUAUAUAUAUUAUUUUUUAAUUACUGUUGGAUACUACAGAAGAAGCAGAAGGGCUGGGGUCACCCAGCCUGCCACUUAGAACUUCCAGGUUCAUGUGCAAUCAUGGAGAAUCGAACAUUAUACAUGCAAGAAAUGAAGGCAUAAAAGCAGCAGUUGAAGUUGUUUAAGGGGUCUUAUAAUUUGCACCAGAUAACAUCUUUCUCAUGCUUUUCUUUUUCUUUCAUGAUAUACAUCACCUCUGAUGGCUGAAGAAUGUAGACAGGCAUAAUAGUAUUGCUUUUCACCAAAAUGUGUGCACCCAAGGUAAACAGGUGUUUGCCUUACCCGUUUUAUUUUGAGUUUGUGAAUUAGCUUUUUCUCCAGGUGUUAACUCUGAAUAUUCUUUGGGGGUUUGUUUUUUUUGGUUGGUGUUUUUUGGUUGAUUUUUUUUUUUUUUUUGGUUUACUGCAGUAGUAUUUAUUUUUAGAGAUAAGGAUUGUAUGUGUCAUGUUUGCAAGUGCUGCUACAUCUUAGAACAGGCUUACAGCAGUUAAUUUUGUAAUAUAUGGAAAGACUGUACAAGCUGAAGGGAAUAAUGCACUUUUCUCCCAUGUGGAAAUUCUAACAAGGCUCUGAAAUUGUACAUACUGCUUAGAAUCAGAUUUUUGUGAAUGAAAUACUGUCUUUUAAUUGUUUGGCAAUGGAGGUGAGACAAAAAAAGCUACAUCUUGUGCUCCACUGAGGAUGAACGUAAUGUAAGAGCCUGACAGCACAAUAGAAAAUUUCUGUUCUAUAUGAAGGAAUUGCAUUUGAACAACGAGACCACAGUGAUUACAAGAAAAGCACUUUAUUUUAAUAAUUAAAAUAGUAAAUUUCUGGGAUCAGCCGUUCUCAAGCAAGGUUUGCCCUCAACCAAAAGAGUCCCGAAACCCAGCAUGUUACGUGUAACCGUGGUACCUGAUUGACUGAAUUCGAAACAUCACAAGAAACUGAGAGGAGAACGUCUUUCCAUUUCCGAAGAUCUGUAUCUAACAGAAUGUGUGCAUAAACUUUAGCUUUGAUCUUCAGCAAUGAUAAUCUUAAUAAUAAACCCUUUGGUGCUAGGAGUCGGGACAUUACGCAGUGCCGUGGUAGCGUGCAUGUGCCCUUGCUAACGACGUCGGAAAACUGACUCCAUGGGAUUAUCAUUCGAAGUAUCUCUGCGUUCGGAUCUUGUUAGCUCCCACGAAGACUGUGAUGUCGCAGAGUAUUCCUGGUUGCGUUGUGUGAAUGAGUAGAUGAGUCUGAAAGGCGAGAUAUUCCUACGCAGAUGCCUUAGCCUCUUGAUGCGGCAAGUUAAGUGCCCGAGCAUGAAGCCCACUGCUGGCAGUGCAUGUGCUGGGACAGUCAAGGGGUAGAUGGGCAUUUUAGCAAGGCAGCUAAAGACGCAGACUAAUUUAGACAAUUUUUCAUGUUUCGUGUUUUAUCUUUAGUGUGGAUAAUCAGAACUAUAUCAUGAUGUAUAUUCUAACUACAUAGGAUCUCAUUCUGUCACCUUGUAACACUAAAUACAUGUAGAGAUUAUCCCUCUACGAGAGAGAGGAGCACAGCAAGCGCAUUGCAGGUCUCUUCUGGACGGGUAGUUUAGAGGCGUCUACACUGACACAGUGAGUGAGUGAGUGAAAUAACCGAGUGUUCAAUAGACGGGCAUUACUUAGUUCUCUGCAAAGGCCUCGUACUUACAGACUAAAACUAUGGUGAUUCAAAAUCUGUGUUAUAUGCCUGUGUUUUUUCCCCCCAAUGUUUUCAGCUUGUAAUAGCAAUAAGUUUCUUGACACAGGGCACCUCUAGCUCACCACAGCUGGUGCCGUGCCUCUGGGCAGCCCUUCCUGGCGCGCAGAAGCAGCCCUGUGGUCAGUCACCAUCGCCUAGCUAGUUAGAAUGCGGUUCGCAGUAAAUACCUGUCAGUGAAUUAUUUGAAAACCUUUUAAGACUUCGCUGUGCUUUGUAUUGUCUGCCUUCCAAAACGUCAUUGAUCAAGUUUAUGCUACAGAGAGAGUCAGUGGCUGCUUCGUGCUGCCCGGGGUUGGGGGAUUCUCUCUCUUACCAGUGUUAGAAACGGGACGAAAGACAAAUGGGCAAGGGGUGCCCAGAGAAACUUUUGAAGCUCUUCUUUUGCUGUUCACAGUUGUGGUUGGAUUUGGGAGGUGGUGGCUGGUUUCCUUGGUGAGCCUUUUGAGCACAGUACAUUUCAGACUUGACUCCAGCUUGUACUGACUUCCAUGACGUACAGUAUGCCCUCUUGUACUGCAGCCAUCUCAGAGGAAAUAGGUCAUUUCUGUUUGGAUUUUUGGCAGUUUUGCACACAGCUUCGCUUUCCACACUAAUCCAUCUUCCAGUACAUUCCUGUUGCUUCAAGAACAUUUAUUCCAGUAUUGUUUUACAGGUUUUUUUUCCAUCUUUACUUGCAGCUUCUUAAAGCUGACUGUUCUUGCAGGGGCCAUGUGCUUCUCCUAGAGUACAAAAGUAAGGUCUUUCCUUACUAACUGCAGGGUCUAUAUAUUACACCUCAAUGUACACACUUUGCUGCUACUGUUUGUACUGUCUACAGUAGAAUUUCCUUAUCUUGCUCCUGGUAGUGCAUUACAGGCAAGCAUGAAAUGUAAAGUAUUUAUUUAAAUAAAAACCUCUAAAUUGGUAAUUGAAUUACCUCCCUGUAGCUUUAGAGUUUGUGACAUUUCUUGACCUUGCUAGUUCUUUCAUUAGAUCCAUGCAAGAUCUAGUCAUAUGGUUAAGGAUAUUAAGCAGACACGACUAUGAACCCAAGAAACCGUAUUACUGUUGGUCAUACUUAAACUGUUUAUUUCCUUAAGUAUAUGACCCACAAGGAUGUGAAAUAACUACAAGAAACUGUUUUUGUACACUGUACAUCCUUAGUAUUUUUACACGUAUAUGAUAGGGAUGCACAUUAUUUUCCUUCGUACAGACAGCUUAAAUAAAGCACUAUGUCAAUCUGCUACUUCUGUGUUUUUUAAUGCUAAUUUGUUCUGGAGGUUUGUAAAUAUAUAUAUAUGUUCAAGCUUGCCACAAAGGACGUAUUUUUUUAUAUCUGCACAUUACUAUUAAAUAUCAUAGAGGAUAAAAUUCUGAAGUUCUGUGUCAGAGAAAGAAAAAUUGAAAUGAGAAGGCUAUAUUGCAGAUUACGAAAGAUUUCUCAAGUUUUGGGUUAAAUAUUUACUUCAUAUUUUAAAGUAAUUUUAUAUAGGUUAGAUGCUUCAAUCCUGAAAUGCACAAAGAAUUUACUUAAUUUCUUCUUACAAGAAAAUGUACAUCGUUAUUUUUUUAUCACUGUAUAUAUAUAAUGAUCUGUGCAUGUUUAGUUACAAGUUUUAUUUGCUGUGAAGUCCUAGUGAUAACUGUAACUCUCUGUGACGUAUUUCAAAUACUGGGUGAUCAGUUUCGGCUUGUAAAUUAUUAAGUUACAAUAUUGUAAAAAAAAAAAAAAAAGUUUUUAUGACUAAGCAAGAUGUAUCUGUGCUUUGGACCGAGGCUAUUUCCAUCUCGGUGGUUCAUGUUAACCCUACGAGGUGUGUGUCACUUGUAAAAGUAAAUUUGGGUUACACUUUUGUGGUAGCGAUACACAGGGUUACGUUCCUGUCAGAACACCCACAAUUUAAGUGAUUAGUCAUCUAAUGAAAUUCUGAGCCUCACAUCCCAUAGCUAGGGAAUGUGUGAGGGUAAGGAGAGAAAAAGCUGGGAAGGUGGGAUUUGCAGGGCACCCUGAAGUGGGACUCUUUGAAGCCCCUAGGCUGGUCCGGGGCCGUUUGACCCAGCCGGUCGGGAGGGCUGAGGUCCCUACAGCAGUCGCUCAGCUGGGUUUUAGCUCCGUUCUCAGACAUGAACGCUGCCCUGGCAUAGAGGUGCUUCAUCCAGCUCUCAGGUUUUUGUCUUCUUCUUUUGUUUUUUUUAACCUUCUUUUUUUUUUUUUCCUCCCCCACCUUGCGGUAGGAAAGAGCAUGAGCCAAGGAGCCAGCCAGCAGCCACCAGGUCAGUGAUGCUGGGAGGUGAGUGACCGGGGGCUCAGCUGUGGCAGCGGCAGGAGAGGGGGGUCAGGCUGCAGCCCCUGUCACGGGGUCACACCCUGGCUGUGGACGUGGGUUUUCCUGGCUUUGAUCACCUAGUCUGACGCUUGUAAACUUUGUAAAACUAAGCAUUUUAGGCCUAGGUAGAAGUGGGGGCAGGAGAAAUGUGAGAUAGGUAGACCUGGUGCUGUCUGUGGCUAAAUUCAUUGCUACAGAGUAGCUGCUGCAGGGAAUUGCAUCCUUCUAGACUCCCAGCAACAUAAUGAAUUGAGUCUAAGCCUGGGAUGAGUAUGAAAAUCUCCUUCCAGCUGUAUGUACUCACAGCCCAGGAUGCUUUGUUGAAAUCGAACGCAUAGUGCAGGCGGGUGGCUGGCAGGGGUGCUCUGUGUGCAGCCACCAGCAGCCACCAGCAGGGAGGUGAGGCAGGUCCAGAAAGGUUGAGGGUCCGGCCGUGCCUCGGGUGGAGGCACGGCAGCUCCAGGAUCUCGGUGAAGCCUGAGUGUUGGGACUUGGUGCCUGAGUUCCUUUGUGCACGUAGCCUAUAGGCACUGUCUCCUAUUUAAACACAGAUUUAUGCUGUGGAGCUAUAAAAAUUAAAUUUAAAAAAAAAAAAAAAAAAAAAACUUGCAUAUUCCUACAUUGAUACAUGUAUAUUCUUCCUUGAGUAACCACCUAUAAAGUAGUGACACUUCAAAAAAUUGUCAGAUCAUUACCAUGGAAAACCCAGAGUUCAACUCGAGAGGACUUUUCGUCCUCAGGCUUUCUUGUCCCUAAAGACCUGAGGCCAUUUGAAGCAUGUUUAUUGUCAUAUUGGUGAAGCAGUUGAGGGAGGAGAUCAGAUGUGUUUGGCAGUUUAAUACGGCAGGAAAUUGAAAUGGGGAGGAAAAAACCACUUUGAUGUCAGGGCUGUACCACUAGUAACUCCUAAAAUACAAGGGAAGGAAAGACUAUGUCCCACAGCAAAUGGUAACUUCUUGCAUGUGUUGUACUCCUAUUUUUGUUACAUUUUAUGUCUUCAUUCUGGCUGAGGUAGCUUUAUUAAUGCAGAACUGGUCUUUGCGCUUUUUCCCCCCUUUACUAGUGCAAUUCUACAACUACACUGAAGAAACUUUUUUCUUAUGUACUUAGCAAAAGAUUCAGAUAAAUUCUUUCUGAAACGAUCUGGUAUUUGGAAAGUAACUUUUAAAAACACAAGGGUGCAGUUAACCAGAAGACAACCCUCAAUUAUCCUUAUGUUGGGAUUCUCACUUUUGUAUAAAAAGUGGUGAAUACCCUGUAAGAAUCAAGUUCUCGGGUAGAUUGUGGCAGAGUUUAGGAGGAGGAGUGCAGUCUGCUUCCUGCCGGACGGACAAACAGCCCCUUCUCCUCCACCCCGUGCACACGCUGUCGGAAGGACAAACCGAGGAAUGUAAGAAUCUGCUGAAGUUUAUUGAUAUUUUAGGCUGUAAAUAAGACAUCUAUGGUCAAUUAUAAAAAUAGAUAAAAACAUUUUAUAAAAAAAUUGUACAAAUUAUGAAUUAAGUCCACAUUAUGUAAUAGCUGUUAAAAGUCUUUCAGAAAAGUCUCAGCUGUUUUCCUAGGAAGUUCGGUAGCUGGUAAUGCUUAAAAAUAUUUAUGCCUCUGUAGUUAUAAACAAAUAGAAACCAGUUGAAAUUAGCAGCAGGUGUGCCUGCUCUCUGCAGAGGUGUCUUUAGGUGAGCCUCAGACAAGCCCAGGUUUCCGCCGGGUGCAGAGCAGACCUGAAAGGUAAAGAGAGGGCCGGGUGUGUAAGUGAGCAGUCUCUGUCACCUCGCUUGUGUUUCUCAUUUGCGGCACUUCAGCCUGCAGGCGAGUUCUUAGAAGAGAAAUAGAGAAAUGGUUAAGACUGUGGUAAUGCGAUGUAAACAAGUGCCAUUUCAGAGCCUGCUUCCUGCGGGCCUGCUGUCCUCGCCUCCUUCCAGGAUCCGAAGUCUCAACAGGCAGCAAGAACAAGAGCUGUUUGAUUUCUGAAAAACAGGAUCUCCAUGAGCUUUAGCCAUCAUUUGUGUUUAGCAGUAAAUAACUGAGCUCAUGUUCUGGGGCACGUCUAAGAUCCUGCCCCUUCUCCUUUCCAGGAAGGAGGUGGCAGGUUUGUGCCAGAGCGUGUUUACUGUGAAUUGUGUGGCGUGUGUACGGGUGGGCAGCUCCAGCAAAACAGGAUGCUGCUGCCGGUCAGAAACCUCUGGUGGGAAGGUUAAGUCAAGUCACAGUGUCGUAGCUCUUGCAUCGGUAUUGCUUGUGCUUCCUGAGUAGCACUGCAGGACUGAAUUAAGAGCGGGACAUCAAACUCGACUGGAGCUGGGGGGAGCUACCUAGAAUUGAGCCACUGGAGUUCUACAGUUUUAAUUUAAGAGAUGUAAAUGAUCUGAGAAAUAAAAAUAAACUUUCUACUUUUGCUGGUUUUGCA